AGGCUAUCUUUGAGGAAGGCUUAAUGCUUGGAAACAACAUCAACCAAAACAAAUGCUUAUGUACAGCAGGGUGGACAGGUCGAGACUGCAGUGAAGACAUAAAUGAAUGUGAUUCUGAACCAUGCUUGAAUGGAGCUACCUGCUAUGAAUCUGUGAAGCAGGGACAGUUUGUAUGCAUUUGUCCUCCAUUUUAUACUGGUGAUUUUUGCCAUCAGCGCUUCAGUCCCUGUGAGCUGCCUUACAAUCCAUGCAUAAACAACUCAACUUGCCUGGCACAAGUUGAUGGAAAUCCUAUGUGCAUUUGCAAAACAGGAUUUGAAGGUACUUAUUGUGAAGUUAACAGCGAUGAGUGCAUCUCCCAUCCAUGCCAGAAUGAAGGUCUCUGUGUGGAUGGGGUUAACAGCUACAGGUGCUCCUGCCAGCAUGGCUUCACUGGGACACUGUGUGAAGUGGAGAUUAAUGAAUGCUUAUCAAGACCCUGCAAAAACAAUGGGACUUGUCUGGAUCUCACAAACAGAUUCCUCUGUAAUUGUGCACCUGGAUACUAUGGGUCUCUAUGUGAGAUAGAUGUAAAUGAGUGUGAAACUUUGCCUUGCUUGAAUGGAGGAAGCUGCAUCAACAGGCUUGGAGGCUAUCAGUGUUUCUGUUCUCCUGGAUUCACAGGAAUUGAAAAAAUGUCAUGACCAGGAACCAUUUAGGUAAAAAAGAAUUAGUUACUGGAUGUUUCAAUCAGUCAUAGCGUUAAAUAACAAAACAAACAACUGCUGACGGAGUGUUUCACUUAGCAGAACACAGCAUACUCUAUGUUAGAAGUUACCUUAAAGCUGUGCUUCUUUGUAUUUGUGAUGAGCAUGGCAGUGAUAGCGUCAUGGAUUUUUUAGGUUCUCUAAAGCUGUUUUUGUUAGCAAACUGUCUUAACCUGAAAAGGAUUCAGAAAAGUAGAUGACUUCAUAAAAACUAUUUUGUUCACUAAAGUAGAAUGGGCUGACAUUCCCUACUAAAAUCUAGUGGUUCUCUUAGCAAUUCUAUUGUUUGCUCCUAGUUUGUAAUGAAAAAUUUGUGGGGCAACUCUUUGGGUCUUGCUGAUUAUGUGACUCAGAUCUAUUUUAUUUCUCUGCAGUCACCCUAAAACACUGUUCUAAAUUGCAAAAUUCUCACUUGACAUAAAAAGUAAAGAUAUUGUGCUACAGUAUUUAAAUGAAUCAAACAUGUUUGCUUAAACAUACUACUCAAAGCAUACCUGUAUUCUAAAUAAUACAUUUGUCUCAUCAUUAAUUAUUUCUUGUUAUUGUUUCCAAGUUUCUGAACCUCAUUCUUGCCUGCAUGGAGUCUCAAUGUGUGUUUAACAUCAAUCUAAAAGGAAUAAAAGCAGCCUAACUUCUUUAGUGACUUUCCUUGGCAGAUUUUUUCGAGGGAGUUGAAUUUGACCAGAUUGUGUUCUUAAAUACCCUAAUAAUAUUGAAAAUGAAGCAAUUAAAUUCAUGCUGUUCAUAAGUAAUUUUCCAUGUAAUGGUGCUCAAAUUCUUGUUGCACUGUCAUCUGCUUCUUUGACCCAUUGCAUACUUUUGAUCCCAUGCAUUUUGCCAUUAAUCGAACUUACCAGGUCAAGCUAUUAGGGAAAUUUCAUUCUUGAAUGAGAAUAAUUCAUGUUGGAAUGGGCCUUGUGAGGUCUCUAGCCCAACUUCUUUCUGAAAUCAAUGUCAGCUAUGAGAUCAGACCAAGCAGCUUGGUGCUUUGUGCAGUUAGGUCUGGAAAACCUCCAAGGACUGCAUUGUUCUCAUUUCUGAUAGUUCAUUUAAAGUGCAAUGGGAAUAUUACAUUAUAUUUGGAGUAGUAAUUGUGACUCCUUGUGUCCCAAGAAGAGAAUGACACAUUGAGUUUUUUAGCCAUAUUUGUACUGACUUUUAUUUUCAUUUGAGUAAAAAGUAAAGCAUAAGUACUUCAGUUUUAAAUAGGAAUAUUAAAGACUACAUAAAAUGUGCUUAACAGAGAAGAAAAUCAAAGGCUGUAAUAAUAAUCAUAAAAUUAGUAUAUUGUGGAGGCAUUCCAGUUAUAGAGUGAUAUGGAAAUAAAUGUGAAUAUUCUUUUUUCUCCAAACUAUGCUCAUAUUCUUUUAGAGUGAACUACUUUUUUUGAUACCUUUAAUAAAAUAGUAAAGCUUUCCAGUUUUAUAUUCUUUUAAUUUUAUUUUUGUGCUGUAUUUUGUUUCAGUGUUAAAAUGGUUAGAAAACAGCACAUAUGCUGAAUAAAGCAUGGGCAUUUCUCUGUAAG